GGACUUCCGGUUUUGAGCCCGGUCCUCGCACCUUCUGCACUCUGAGGCUCCUGAGACCAAGGCGAAGAGCAGGUAAUUCCUCAGACCAUCAAUAUGGGUAUCCGUGGACUAACAAGUUAUGUGGAAGACCACAGCAGUCAAUUCUUCGUUGAUUUGAAGUUGAGGGACACUAAAAUUAUUAUUGACGGUUUUGCGCUUUUCCAUCGACUCUGUUUUGAUUCAAAUUUGGACCUCCGACAUGGAGGGGACUAUGAUUCUUUUACUGAAGUUAUAGAGAGAUUCUUUGAAUCACUCUUUGCUUGUAACAUUCAUCCAUAUGUUGUAUUAGAUGGAGGCUGCGACAUUUCAGAUAAAAAACUCCUCACUUUAAAAGACAGAGCCCGGGAGAAGAUCCAAGUAGCCCAUUCCCUUUCUGGGGGUGGGAGGGGCAACCUGCUGCCUUUACUUAUCCGGGAAGUGUUCAUUCAGGUUUUGAACAAGCUCCAUGUAGACUUUGUCCAGUGCUUCUCAGAAGCAGAUAGAGAUAUUAUGACCCUUGCUAAUCACUGGAACUGCCCUGUAUUAACAAUGGAUAGUGAUUUUUGCAUUUUUGACCUGAAAGCUGGUUUUUGUCCUCUGAAUGGUUUUCAGUGGAGAACCCUGACUAUGAUCAAAGACACACAUCACUACUGCAUCCCUACCAGAUGCUUUUCUGUAGAGAGGUUCUGCAGCCACUUCAACCAUAUGAACAAAGACCUGCUGCCUCUCUUUGCUGUUCUGUGUGGUAAUGACUACAUUAGUUUGCCUGCCCUGGAUGCUGUCUUCUCUAGAUUAAGUGUCAGUUCUGCAACCCCCAACACGAAAGGAAGAAAGCACCAGCGAAUUCUGGGACUCCUGAACUGGCUCUCUCAUUUUGAUGACCCCACUGAAGCCUUAGAUAGUGCUCUGAAGUACCUGAAAGUAAAUGAUAGAGAAGUGGUUAGAGAACUCCUUUGGGCUUCAAUGGAAGAAUACCAGCAAUCUCCAGUGAAGCUGCAGGAUUUCUUCCAGCAUGGAACUUAUGUCUCUCCCUAUGCCACCAAACUAGGCUUACCAGAAUGGAUACACCUGGCUUUGGCAAAAGGGCAACUUUCUCCUUUUGUUUGUGAUGCUUUGUCAUUACAGCGGACUAUUCUUCAUACACAGGUGGAGAAUAUGCAGUGUCCAAGUGCCCACAGCAUCUCUUUGCCCAUUCGGAAAGUUAUCUAUGGGCUUCUUCAGAAUUCUUCUCCAAAUCUAAAUAAUGUACCCCAAAGCAGAGUGUCUAAACAACCAGUGGCUUUCAGUGAAUUAAAAAGGGUUGAUAAGAACAUUGCAACAGUAGUUACUCAUGCAGCAAAACUCCCACCAGAUUAUUGGGAAUUGGGCAGAUUGAUUGAGCUUCCUCUCUCUAAGCGUCAGGUUCUUCUGUUAGAAACCCUGAAAGUGAAAGAGGGUAUCUUGGACCCAAUUCCUUCUUCCUUGAAGUUACCUGUUGCCGUCACUUGCUUUUGGUUGCAGUCUUUACAACCCAGAGCAAAACUGUAUCACGUACAAGCUUUACUGGUGGGAAUGCUGUGUGGGCAGUUGCACAAGAUGACCAGUGAACCUGAUAAUGAAGAAUUGCAAGUGGAUGGGGCUAAGCUGUUGUGUGACCAGUUUCUUAAAGUGAAAGAAAUUAAAGUACAGAAAAGAUUGGAUUUAGAUACAGCCCACAUUUUCUGUCAGUGGCAGUGCUGCCUGCAGAUGGGAUUUUAUCUCAAUCAACUUCUGUUGACUCCAUUGCCAGAGCCUGACCUCACUUGGCUAUACAGUGGAACGCUUGUCCAUGGACUCUCUCAAGAAUUUUCCACUUCGUCCUCAGUAGAAAAUCUUCUGAGUGUGUGUCCUGAAGCAAGACAGCUUUAUAACCAGCUCUUCCAUGCGCUGAAAUCAGCUGUCCCUGCAGAAUUCCUCCCCCAGAAAUCAAAAGCCAAAAAGAAGAAACAGAAGAAAAACGCUGUUAGCUUGUCAAAGCACAGAGUAGGCAUCGCCCUAGACACCAAGUCCUUACAUCAUCAUGUCAGCAACAGGUUUGGGGUACUCACCUUGGACGACCCAGAGGAUCCAGGUCAAGGGUCUGACUGUCCAUCACAAGGGUCUUAAGCCUCGUGGAUUGGAACUUUCUGAGUCGUUCCCUUCCCAGGAUCAAGCUCUUCCAGAUUUAUUCUCUAAACCAAUCAUGCGGUAAGGAUUCCAGCACAUCCCUCUUUUGGGUAGUACUGAGGACAGCUGGAACCCGGGAAGAUAUCAGUGUAAAAUGAUCAUCGAAAUCUCUCUUGUGGCCACUUUUUUAGCUGGCUAAUGGUUACAAUCGAUUUUCAAACUGCAGCAGGUCUGGCUGCCUUGUGUGUGUGUGUGUACAAAGGCAUACACGUAUAUGUGGUGGUGGGUGGAGAUAUGUGCAUAAAUACAUGCUAUAUACACAGAAAUUUUUUUUUAAUGUUUUAUAUUAAAUACAUCCUAUCAUGUGUUUUAUUCCUGGAGGUGCUACAACGUAGCAUGGACUGCCACAAACAUAAUGUAGGGAACCAGGUAAUUGCCAUUUCUAAAAUUAUUUUUAUGAUUUUUUUAAAAUAUGUUUUCAUAUUCCAUUUCCAUUGAAAAAUAAAGUUUGCUAGCAUAAAAACA